AACUGUCGAAACUACGAGCAAUAUUUCAAUUAACAGUACUAAUGAACUCGUAAGCAAUCAAGAAACCAUCGGUAUCGAAAUUCUAUCCAAUGAAAGUGAAAUCUCAAAUAAUGUCAGUGGAUUUGUUGAAAGCGAUCAAGAAACCAGCACCGAAACUCUAUGCAACGAAAAUGAUGACAACAUUGAAGUACACGAAAGUGAUCAAGAAAUUCAAAAUAACAGCACUAAUGGAUUCCCAAAUCGAGAAGCUAUUGUCAUCGAAGCUCUAAACAAUCAAAAUGGAAUUUCAAAUAACAAACAAACCAUUAUCAAGAAUAUUAAAGAUAUCGAAGCUACAGAAGGUGUUAAUAUUACUAAUGACCAAAUCAUCAUCAAAGGAAAGUGCAAAAUCUCUUUCAAAUAA